AAACCAUGAUGAAGGCAACAGGAGUCAGAAAACUAUUCACUGCAGGAAGUCCCAGUAUCCGGUGAGAAAUAAGAAAUACAACAGCACAGGAUGCGCCUUGGGUCAGGGGGACGUGCAAAGCCUGCAGCCUUUGUGUUCUUCUCUGUGCCAGAGUGUCAGCGUCUGAGCCCUCGGCUCCCCUCUGAGCUUGGCUGGGGCGGGCACGGUCACUGUCAGACUUCCAGCCCCCGCCGAGGGCGACACGGAGAUCGCGAUGGCCACCUCCGCCAGCCUGCUGCUGCUGCUGCCGCUGCUGAGCCAGCCCUGGCUGGGGGCUGGUGCUGACACACAGGCCGUGGUGUGCGCGGGCACUGCCUGCUACUCGGCCCACUGGGGCAAGCUUUCUGCCGCCGAGGCCCAGCUUCUCUGCAGCAAGGACGGGGGCAACCUGGCCACAGUGAGGACUGAGGAGGAGGCCCGGCACAUCCAGCGAGCACUGGCCCAGCUCCUACAGCCUGGGGCGCCCUGGACAGGCAAGUUCUGGAUAGGACUCCAGCGAGAAAGGGGCAAGUGCUUGGACCCCAGGCUGCCCCUGAAGGGCUUCAGCUGGGUGGGCGGUGGGGAGGACACACUGUAUUCCAACUGGUACAAGGAGGCCAGGCACACUUGCAUCUCCAAGCGCUGUGUGUCCCUGAUGCUGGACCCGUCCGUCUCUUCCCUCUCCAGCCACCUCCCCAAGUGGUCUGAGGGCCCCUGUGGGAGCCUGGGCGCUCCUGUAAACAACAUCGAGGGCUUCGUGUGCAAGUUCAGCUUCAAAGGCAUGUGCCGGCCCCUGGCCCUGGGGGGCCCAGGCCAGGUGAACUACACCACUCCUUUCCAGGCCACCAGCUCCUCCUUGGAGGCUGUGCCCUUCGCCUCGGUGGCCAAUGUGGCCUGUAGGGAUGAGAUUAGGCAGCAUUUCUUCCUGUGCAAGGAGAAGGCCACUGAUGUGUUUGACUGGGGCAUCUCGGGACCCCUCUGUGCCAGCGCUGAGUACGGAUGCAGCUUCGGUAACGGGGGCUGCCAGCAGGAAUGCUUGGAGGGGGAGGGUGGCUCCUUCCGCUGCGGCUGCCGCCCGGGGUUCAGGCUGCUGGAUGACCUGGUGACCUGUAUCUCCCGGGACCCUUGUAGCUCCAGCCCGUGCAGAGGAGUGGCCACAUGCGUCCCCGAGUCCCUCUGGAAAAACUACACGUGCCAGUGCCCCGAAGGCUACCAGCUGAACGCGACUCAGCAGGACUGUGUAGAUGUGGACGAGUGCCAGGCCUCCCCCUGUGAACAGGAGUGUGUCAACACCCCUGGGAGCUUCCACUGCCAGUGCUGGGUGGGCUACGAGCCCAGCAGCCCCGGAGGGCAGGCCUGUCAGGAUGUGGAUGAGUGUACGAGCCCCGAGGGUGGCCUUUGUGAAGGCUACUGCCUCAACACGCAAGGGUCCUUCCGCUGCACCUGCUUGCCAGGCAUGGAGCUGGCUCCCGACGGGGUCUCCUGUAUCACAGGCCCCACGUUCCUGGGACCAUCUGCUGAGACCCCCCAGGAGCAGAACACAGGAGAUAGAGAAAGGAGCCUCAGGCCUUCUACCACAACCUCAAGUCCAACUGGGGGUCCUGAGGGCACUUCCAAGGUGGCAUCCACCGGGUGGAGACUCUUCCUUGAAUCCAAUGCCUCUAUCACCCCUACGUCACCCCAGUCUCUGGCCACCACUGGGUCCCCUGGAAUCUGGAUGGAGUACAGCAGCCAUCACCCCACAGCCACCACUGGUCACGAGGAGUCUACGGAUAGGGAUCUCAUUGCCCAACAAAAGAAUGACAACCCCGACUGGCAAAAGCUGCUUUUGUUCUAUAUCCUCGGCACUGUGGCGGCCAUCUUACUCCUGCUGGCUCUGGCCCUGGGGCUGCUGGUCUACCGCAAGCGGAGAGCCAAGAGGGAGGAGAAGGAGAAGAAGCCCCAGAGCGCGGCAGACAGCUACUCCUGGGUUCCGGAGAGAGCUGAGAGCAGGGCCAUGGAGAACCAGUACAGUCCAACACCUGGGACAGACUGCUGAAGGUGGCCCCAGAGACACUGCCAGUCAGCUGCCACCAUCCUCAGAGCUCAGAUGGAGGGACCCACAUCCUUCUGAAAGACUGGACUGGAAUCUUAGCAAACAAUUGUCAACUUUCUCCUUAAAAGCCUGGCCACGUGGGACUUUCAGGUGUAUCCUAAAUGCGUGUGUUAUUCCCAGAGUGGAAGCCAUGCGUUGCGGUGUCAUGGCGGGGAAUUUUGUGAAUAUUAACAAUUGUCACUCAGUCUCCCUUUUCAAAUACGAAUACGAUUGAUUUCCUUUUUCUGCA